AAAAUUUAAACUAUAAAGAAAUGUGAAAAGAAAUGUACAACAAUCCGGAACUGCAAUAGGAUUUCCUCCAUGUUCAUAUGUAUUAUCUGGACUAUAUAUACUAGCUGUAAGCAUCAUUUAGCAACAAGCAUACAACAAAGGAUAAUGAAGCAAGAUUGACAUAAUAAUACUGGACCGGUAGAGAAAGGACAAAGGCCAAUUACCAAGGAAAUCAGCCUGCAGUAUUUGAACAACAGAAAAACAUCAGAUGAUCGACUCGUACGAUGAUUUAAAUGACCUCCAUGAUGCCAUAAAAAAGAAGGAAACUAAAUCCGUUCUGAACAUCAUCUCAAAGAAUGGUGACCUUGUAAACAGGGUCCUGAUUGGCCACACAGCCUUGACCUUGGCCGUAGAUCUCAAGGUCAGUGACGUAAUCGAUGCUGUGAUGACAAGUCCUGACCUAGAUAUCAACACUACGGACAGGUUCGGCCGAUCUGCAUUGUAUUUCGCAUCCAAGACGGGUCAAAUAUCAUUAGUAAGGAAGCUGAUGACACUAGGGGCUGAUAUAAACCAAUCAAAGCUAUUGUUACAUGGUUGUGCUCAUGGUUGCCACGACGAUGAGACAACAGUUUACGAACUGGUGAGUUUAGGAGCUGAUGUCAAUGAUGUGGACGAGAAAAAUAGAACUCCACUGCAUAUCGCUGUUCAAAACUCCCUUGUGAAUAUAACCAAAGCUCUGUUGAAAUGUAAUGCAAAUAUCAAUGCUUUCGAAAAUGGAACAUCUCGGACUCCUUUGAUAAUAUGUGCAGGAAAAUCUCUGAUCUCAUGUGAUGCCAAUAGCGAAGAGGAAUAUUCAAGGUCCUUAAAAAUACUAAGUUUAUUGUUAGAAUAUGGCGCUGACAUCAAUGUUUCAGAUGAAAGGGGAUAUACUGCGCUUCACAUUGCUCUACAAAACGGAAACACCUUGGCAGCGUCUGUACUUCUUCACCACGGAGCAAAAUCUUACUCCCUUAAAGAAGAAACAGUCCAAUCUGCCUACGACGUUGCGCUAUCUAAAAAUCAUUUAGAGGUCGCUUUCAUUAUUCUCCUAAAUUUUUAUAGAUACUUUGAAAGCUUUCCUUUAGAAUUCUAUAGGAAGAUGGAAAAGGACUUGCAGGAUAAAGAAAAAGAUAAAAAUGAGGUCAACAACUACAUCUGGGCUUUGAAAAAGUCUUUAGAAGACAUGUACAUUCUAAAUUGUAGCCGAGAUGACAUUGCUCCUGCAACAAAGGAACCACAUUUAUUAUCAAGAAAGGUACCAAAACUUCAAAAUUUGUGUAGGCAUACAGUAUUACGGAAUUUGAACUUUAAAAAUUGCAGCAUUUCACUACCAACGGCCCCACGUUUACAACGCUUUAUAUACUAUGACACCAAGUUUGCUGCUGUAGGUUCGUCGUUUCUUACGGACAUCCACGUGGCUGCGCGUACGGGAGACCUUGAACAAUUAAGUCAGAGACUGACUCAAAAAAUCGUUGAUAUACCAUUUGAUGAAUUUUCAUUACUUGAAAUUGCCAUAUUAAGACAAAGUAUCUCCUUGACAAAUUUCCUAUUGGAAAACGGCGCAGACCCCAACAAAGAAACAAAAGAAGGACUGUUACCUCUGCAUUUGGCAUGCCGCCAAUAUUGUCCGGAAAUAGUCCAACAUCUUCUGGAAUUCGGAGGCGACGUUAACGCAUUUGACACGCAUGGUAACUUGCCAAUACACGAGGCCUGCAUUGCUGGACAUUUCGAUAUUGCCGAAUUGCUAAUUCAACAUGGCUCUGAGUUUAACUUCCCGGAUUGCAAUGGCCGGUACCCAAUUCAUUAUUCCUCGGCCAGUGGUAACUGUCAUUUCACGAAUAUUCUUCUCCACUUAGGAGUUGAUGUUAACACGACUGAUACUUUUGGGUAUACAGGACUUCAUCUGGCAGCAAGUAGGGGUAAUCUUUAUCUUAUGAAAAACAUUGAACUAGCUUAUAUGUUCGAAAGAGAACUGCUAAUGAAAGGUUACAUGUUUAUGCUGCAGUAUUCGUGUAACAUCAAAUGUGUUCCAAAGCCGAACUAUGCGUCAGGAGUCGAUCACAUUAAAGUUAUUGAAAUUAUGUUAAAAUCAGGAUGUAACAGUACCGCGUUAUGUAAAAAGGACAAGUCUGCAUUAGAUAUUACAAGGGAUUACAGUUUCACGGAUGUGAUGGCUAUCUUACUUGGAAGUUUCCGUAUUCCACAAAGGAUGUAGUAAUGGCCAUUAUCCGUAUCAAACAAUAACUUCCUAGGCGUUUAAUGAUCAAAUCAGCGACCGAAUUACUGCUGUUUAAACAUAUCCCCGGACA